AUGUUACCAUUAUAUCGCUCCUGGCUGACCCACAGUUACGGUGUCAAUGACAUCGUCCGGCACUCAUGCAGCAAGGACCAUUUUGGGGGCCGCAUGUCGCUUGAUUCAAAACAUCACCUUCCGAAUUGGGCGGGGUGGGGUCUUACGACUCCUCCAGAACCGAGGAGCCAGAAAAACUCGGCACUUACGAGUUCAGGGUAUUUUCUCACGGUGGGCCUUCCACUCAUUGGCGUCGCGAUCAUUUCGUCGGCCGUUUGGUGUUGUUUCACAAUCCGACGAAGCCCCGAGAGGCGCCCCAGUUGGAGCAGUGGCGAUUGGAGCACCCAACCAGCAUAUUCAGACCCUCAUAGAUUGGCUCGCAAGAGUAAUACAUACGACCAUAGGGUGUGGAAAACAGGGCUUCCCGUCCGCUCAGCCGUACUUAAGCCACACGCCGGUGAGUUAGUAGUUGGGUGGGUGACCACCAGCGAAUCCUCACUGUUCGUAGCGUCUGAUACAUACGACCAUAGGGUGUGGAAAAUAGGGCUUCCCGUCCGCUCAGCCGUACUCAAGCCACACGCCGGUGAGUUAGUAGUUGGGUGGGUGACCACCAGCGAAUCCUCACUGUUAAAAUGGCUUACUACAAAAGAAAGCAGGAAAUCAGGAAUCAAUCUUCAUUGA